AUGUUCCCUCAGGUUGAUGAGUAAAAGCAAAAGAUCAUUUUGAAAGUAAACUAGAAGAAAGAACUCUACGAUAAGGCUCUACUUAUUGUUGCUGAAAAAGAUAUCCUCAUGUAAAAAGCAAGAUAGACAAAAGAUUUCACAUUGAUAGGUGCUUUUCAUGGCAUUCCAUUUUCAUUCAAGGACUAAAUUCAGAUUAAAGGAGUUGCAUCAACUGUAGGGUGUAGCUUUCUUACUAACAACAUUGACUAAGAAGAUGCAAAUAUUGUAAAAGUUAUCAGAUAGGAAGGUGGAAUCCCAUUUGUUAAAUCUAAUGUACCUUAAAUGACCUUGUCUCUGCAUACAGAUAAUCCAAUUUUUGGUUAAGCUUAGAACCCAUAUGAUGAAACAAGAAAUACCGGAGGUAGUUCAGGUGGAGAAGGUGGGCUCUUAGCUGCCAGAUGUAGUCCUAUUGGAAUUGGUACUGAUAUACUCGGAAGUCUGGCAAGGUUGCGGACUUCCUGUGAAAUAUGGGCUUACUUUUAUGGGAAUUAAUUGCCCUACAGCUGGACCAAUGACUAAAAAUGUUGA